AUGCACUGUCCCAAGCUACAGGAGUUCCCAGAUGACUGCAUUGCCUUUUUCCGGCCUGGCUCGGCCAGGCUCCGCUCGGCUCGCCCCGCAUCCCCUGGCCCGGCUCGCCCCGCCCCGCCCCGGCAAGGCUCGCCUCGCCCCGCCUCCCCUCAGCCUGGCACGACUCCCCUCGCCCCGCCUCCCCUCAGCCUGGCACGGCUCCCCUCGCCCCACCUCCCCUCGCCCUGGCACGGCUCCUCUCUCUCCGGCACGGCUCCCCUCGCCCCAGUACGGCUUGCCCAGGCAGGGCUCGCCUCGCCCCGCCUCCCCUCAGCGUGGCACGCCUCCCCUCGCCCCCCUCCCCUGGCCGGGGUCGCCCCUGCCCGCCCCGGCACUGCUCCCCUCGCCCCGCCUCCCCUGGCCCGCCUCCCCUCAGCCUGGCACGGCUCCCCUCGCCCCAGCACGGCACGGCUCGCCUCGGCACGGCUCACCCCGCCCAGGCACGGCUCGGCUCACCCCGGGACGCCUCCCCUAGCCCUGCCUCCCCCUCGCCCCGGCUCUGCUCCCCUCACCCCGCCCCGGGGCUCGCCCCGCCUCCCCUCGCCCACGCACACCUCCCCUAGCCCUGCCUCCCCCUCGCCCCGGCACGGCUCCCCUCACCCCGCCUCCCCUGGCCCGCCUCCCCUCAGCCUGGCAUGGCUCCCCUCGCCCCAGCACGGCACGGCUCGCCCCGGCACGGCCCAGCACGCCCCGGCACAGCUCGCCCCGGCACGGCACGCCCCGGCACGGCCCGGCACGGCACGGCCUGCCCAGCCUCCCCCUGCCUCCCCCGCCCCGGCACGGCUCCCCUCGCCCCGCCUAUGCAGGGCUCGCCUUGCCCCGCCUCCCCUCAGCGUGGCACGCCUCCCCUCGCCCCCCUCCCCUGGCCGGGGUCGCCCCUGCCUGCCCGGCACUGCUCCCCUCGCCCCGCCCCGGGGCUCGCCUCGCCCCGCCUCCCCUCGCCCCGCCUCCCCUCAGCCUGGCGCGGCUCCCCUCACCAAGGCACGGCUCGGCUCUCCCCGGACGCCUCCCCUAGCCCUGCCUCCACCCUCGCCCCGGCACCGCUCCCCUCAUCCCGCCUCCCCUGGCCUGGCUCGCCCCGCCCCGCCUCCCCUCGCCCGCCUCCCCUCAGCCUGGCACGGCCCCCCUCGCCCAGGCACGGCUCCCCUCGCCGCGGCACGGCUCCCCUUUCCCCCCUCCCCUGGCCCGGGUCGCCCCGGCCCGCCCUGGAACUGCUCCCCUCGCCCCGCCCCGGGGCUCCCCUCACCCGCCUCCCCUGGCCCGGCUCGCCCCACCUCCCCUUGCCCUGGCACGGCACGGCCCGCCCCGCCUCCCCUCGCCCGCCUCCCCUCAGCCUGGCACGGCUCCCCUCGCCCCCCUCCCCUGGCCCGGGUCGCCCCGGCCCGCCCCGGCACUGCUCCCCUCGCCCUGCCCCGGGGCUCCCCUCGCCCCGCCUCCCUUGGCCCGCCUCCCCUCAGCCUGGCACGGCUCCCCUCGCCCCGGCACGGCUCCCCUUGCCAAGGCACGGCUCGCCCCGGGACGGCCCGGCUCGCCCUACCCCGCCUCCACUCGCCCCACCUCCCCUUGCCCUGGCACGGCACGGCCCGCCCCGCCUCCCCUCGCCCGCCUCCCCUCAGCCUGGCACGGCUCCCCUCGCCCCGCCUCCCCUGGCCCGCCUCCCCUCAGCCUGGCACGGCUCCCCUCGCCCAGGCACAGCUCCCCUCGCCCCGCCCCGGCACGGCUCGCCCCGGUAUAGCUCGCCCAGUCACGGCUCCCCUCGCCCCGCCUCCCCUUGCCCUGGCACGGCUCGCCCCGGCACGGCUCGCCCCGCCUCCGCUCGCCCCACCUCCCCUUGCCCUGGCACGGCACGGCUCGCCCCGCCUCCCCUCGCCCGCCUCCUCUCAGCCUGGCACGGCUCCCCUCGCCCCGGCACGGCUCCCCUCGCCCCCCUCCCCUUGCCCUGGCCAGGCCAGGCCUGGCUCUCAACAUACCUGCAGCUCAAUGUAG